CAAGUACACGAGCGAGAAGUAGCAACCAAAAUAUGGUGGGAAAAGGGAGAGAGCCUUUUUUUGCCGUAAUCAGCUCAUGUGUCAGUGGAUCGCGUUCACACCAUAACCGGCUUACCGGUCAAAACUACCGUUUGAAUGUCUCCAUUUAAUGCCGCUGCUGCUCUCCUCUGCAACCGGCUACUCCCGGUCAACCUUCCUCUCCAAGCCUCUCUCAUUACAUAAAUCCCCCAAUCCCUCCACUCUCUAUCCUUUCUCUCUCUCUCUACAAAACCAGAAAAUAUCUUUUCAAUCUCUCUCUGUCUCUGGACUAGAAGCGUGCAAGAGAAGAAGAUAACGAUAGCGAAAGAAAUGGAAGAUCCGUUCCCGUCGUCGCUGUCGUUCUUGGAUCACUACACAGCGAGCGGUUGUACGUUGGCGGAGAUGCUGGACUACUCCGACGAGAAGAGCAGCUCAUUAGGGUUCAUGGAGCUGCUGAAUACGCAGGAUCAUUUCGCAGCUUUCGAGGAGGAGGUCGAGGAUCCCUCGAUCCAUCCCAAUCGGAAUUCGUCGGAGGUGCUGAAUGCGCCGCAAACGCCGAAUUGCUCCUCCAUUUCUUCGGAAUCCAGCGACGGCGUUAAGGACGAACGCGUGAACGAGGAGGAGGAUGAAGAAGAUGAAGAAGAAGACGACAAUGACCAGAAAAAGAAGACUAGCAAACAGUUGAAGGUGAAGAAGACGAACCAGAAGAAGAAGAGAGAGCAGAGAUUUGCUUUCAUGACUAAAAGCGAGGUCGAUCAUUUGGAAGAUGGAUACAGAUGGCGAAAAUACGGCCAAAAAGCUGUCAAAAACAGCCCUUUUCCUAGGAGCUACUACAGAUGCACGAACGCAACGUGCAAUGUGAAGAAGAGGGUGGAGAGAUCCUGCGCCGAUCCCAGCAUUGUGGUGACCACGUACGAGGGCCAGCACACGCAUCCCAGCCCGCAGUCGCUGCGCCCUCACGCGCCGCCGCCCCCGUCGUAUCCGGGCUUCUCGCUGAACAAUCAACAUCAGUUGAUGAAUUACUCGCUUCUCGUCAACGGCUACAUGGGCGGCGGCGGAGGAGGAGGAGGACCUCAGCAGCUGAGCUUCUGCUCUCAGUCGUCGCCGGCUUUAAUGGCGAACAAUGGGCUUCUGCAAGACAUUGUGCCAUGGCCUGCGGCUAAGAGAGAAGAACACUGAACUUUUAAAAGGUUGUCUUUUUUGUAAUAGUAUGUAUGUAGAUGAAAGUGACAUUUUGAUGAUGAUCCAUUGUUGCUAGUUUGUGAUCAUUUCCUGUUAGUUUAAGGUUGCCAGAAACCCUAAUGGUGGAGUCCAUUUUCUUAUCAUCAUGAUAUAAUUAAUGUAGAUUACAUAUAUAGCCUAUAGGGUAUAAAUAUAGUAGUAUUAUCUUUAUUUCCUUUUUA